AUGGAAAUACACGCACAUAUACCCACCACACACACACACACGCAUGCACACAUGCACAGACAUACACACAUACAGGAGCACACACAUACACAUGUACACAUAUACACAUAUACACAUCCACAGACAUGCAUACACAUACACUCACAGUACACACACCUACACCCACACACGUAUCCACAUAUGCAUGCUCACACACGCAUGUACACACGUACACACAUCCAUACAUGCAUGCACCCACAUAGACACAUACACGCAUACAUACGCGCCCACAUACACAUGCACAGACACACGUGCAUAUACAUGUGCAUACACCCACACACAUGCACACCCACACACAUAUACACACAUACACGUACACGCGCAUACAAGCACACAUCCACCCACACCCACGCACAUGUGCAAAUAAGCAAAUACUAA